GAACGUGCAAAUCGUUCGUAUGAGUUUUGCAUUAUUCAGAGGUAAGUAAGUGAGUAAGCAUGUGUACGUGUAUAUCUCUACCGUUGACAACGUUCCGCAUGAAAAUUUCACCAAUUUUCUCACGCUCACGAAGGGAAGCGAUAACCAACCAUGGGAUCGAGAGAAGUGUAGAGGAAAAACACGUAAGGGGUAGAUAUCAGUGGAAUGCAUCAACCAGCAUCAACGGUCUGGUCUCCUGGUCGAUCUGGGAAUCUGUUUCCCCUGAAGUCGCGAAGAUUCUCACGAUCAAAGAAAGCGAAAGAGAGAAAGAGGUGAAGAGGGAAAAAGAGAAAGAAUGUUUCACACGGGAAUGUCCUGGGAACGUGUUCGUAUCCCGUAGGAAGAUCGUGAUCAUUGUAGAAACGAUUGAAAGGGGGAUGCGUUGUGCGAGCAUGCAAUGAAGAUAAGGGUCAAGUUUUACGAGGAAGGUUUAUCGAAUUCGAGGGGUCGAGAAUCCCGACGAUCUUCGACACAAGAGGUUAAAAGAUCUUCGAUAGGUUCACCAGGAUGGAUAAUAAAGGCAACCAACGAUAUUCUUCGAGAAGUAGAAGAGAAAAAGAAAAAGAAGGAAGAGAAGAAGGAAGAGGAGGAGGAAAUGGAGAAGGAGAAGGAGCGGAGACUCUUCUCAGGCCAAUUAAAUCGUUCCCACGGGAUUGCACCGUGGGAGAGACUCCAGGAAAGCGAGAAUUUGAAUCUCUUGGUGAGCCGGACUUCAUGCGAUCGUAAGAAGUCGAUGUCUCCGACAUUGCGGAAAAAAGAUUUAAUAUGGAAGUCGCGAAAAAAAUUAAACAAAAUGUCAUAGAGAUGUGAAACGAAAAAAAGAAAAGGAAAUAUCGUUUAU